UUCCGUGACUUGCGCAGGAGGGCGGGGAGCCUCGAGAGGGAAUGAAGGAGCAGAAAACGAGCAUCCUCAAAUAACAUCGCUUGAAAACGAGACCCUGGAUCGUAAUUAAAGAUUAUUCACGUGUGAGGAAGUGAAUGACAUUGGCACAUCAGAUAUGUACUCCGAGGAGUGGAGCAGGAAUCGGCAGGGUAGAGAGAAGUCUGUGAUCACGAAUUUCAGCUUUAGUCAGCUGCCAGACGAGAAGACGGGUAGGAUAAAACCUCACAGUGCUCAGGACUCAGAGGAAUCCAUUCCUGAUGAUCGCUACCAUGGCAUCUACUUUGCCAUGCUGUUGGCUGGUGUCGGCUUUCUGCUGCCAUACAAUAGUUUCAUCACCGAUGUGGACUACCUUCACCGCAAAUUCACAGGCACCUCUAUUGUGUUCGACAUGAGUUUGACAUAUAUUCUGGUGGCUCUCAGUGCUGUCAUUGUGAACAACGCACUCGUGGAGAGACUGAGCUUAAACACUCGCAUCUGUGUGGGAUAUCUAUUUGCAUUGGGACCUUUGGUGUUUAUGAGUGUAUUUGAUGUCUGGCUGGAGCUGUUUGACACUCAGCAGUCCUAUGCCCUUACUCUGGCUGCAAUUGCCAUUGUUGCAUUUGGAUGCACAGUGCAGCAGUCCAGUUUCUAUGGUUACACUGGGAUGCUGCCCAAGAGGUACACACAGGGCGUGAUGACUGGAGAGAGCACUGCAGGAGUUAUUGUCUCUCUGAGUCGCAUUUUUACAAAGCUGCUGGUGGAAGACGAGAAGAACAACACCAUCAUCUUCUUCCUGUUCUCUGUCUCAAUAGAGACGCUCUGUUUUCUGUUGCACGUGGUGGUUCGACGGACAGAUUUUGUCCGUUAUCACACCGACAGAGCUCGCCACAGCUGGCUCAAAGGACAGAUUAAUAAUGUUAUGACAAAAAAGCACAGUGGCUAUCAGAUACAUUAUGACAGCAGCGCAGAGGAAGAGGAUGGAGUGGCGUCAAGCACAGUUGACGAAUCUGAUGCAGUUAAUCUGGGUAGCGGUUCCCAUGGAGACGGAAUAUACGUCAGAUUUGAUGUGCCCAAACCAGACACCAAAAGGAGUUGGAUGAGCGUGAAGGAGCUGCUGGGUCGAAGAUGUGCUGUUGCCCGGGUGAUCUGGCCCUAUAUGCUCUCAAUUUUGGUGACAUAUUUCAUCACCCUGUGUCUGUUCCCUGGUUUGGAGUCAGAGUUACGCAACGAUACACUGGGAGAAUGGCUGCCUAUUCUCACCAUGGCUCUGUUCAACAUGGCAGACUUUGUGGGCAAGAUCUUGGCAGCGUGUCCGUAUGAGUGGGGUAGUGUGCAGCUGCUGGUUUGUUCGUGUUUGCGUGUUCUCUUCCUGCCCCUGUUUGUGAUGUGCGUGUCACCCGUGCAGCGCCCCCUGCUGGCGCACCCAGCCUGGCCCUGCUGCCUGUCCUUGAUGCUGGGAAUCAGCAACGGAUACCUUGGCUCUGUACCAAUGAUACACGCGGCCGGCAAGGUGCCACUUCAGCAGCGAGAAAUAGCAGGGAACACCAUGACUGUAUCAUAUAUGGCGGGACUGAUGCUCGGCUCUGCAGUGUCUUACUCAACAUACAGCCUGACCUCACAGGCACAUUCGACUCUCACGCUGAAACUCAACAACACACUCACAUUACAGGGCUAUAUCCCUGGCCACUGAGUGUCUCUCUCUCACAUGUACACAGUUUUGUUAAUGUAGUUGUUAAUGUAAGAAUAAAGAACAUUUCCAGAGACUAUCCCUGCUGAAAACACCAGCUUAGACCAGAGUUUGCAUACUGGUCCAGUCUGGUUUAUGCAAGGAAAGUCUGCUGUUUAAGAAAGUGAAGAAUCCCAGUUUGGGACACCAGCAUAUUAGAAUUUCAUUGCGGGGACCAGCAUCCAAAACACAACAUAUCUUGGUGAGCAGCUACAUAUGCUGAUUUGUUCAUCAGGGAUGUUGGCUCACAUGAAAUGUGUUAUUCAAGACUGUCUGAAUUACCAUCGCCUUGUAAAUUAAAUUGAUAUAUGACUGUUCCUGUCAUGUUUAAAUGUAUGGCCACCAUUUGUAAUUUACUGUAAAUGCUUUGUAGUUCUAGAUUAUGACUGGUCAAUAUAGUUGUGUUGGUGUCUUGUUUUAGAUUAUUACCCUCGUCUUUCACCUGUUUAAACUAAGGUUAGGCAAUGAAUAGUUUCAUUAUUCGCAAAACGUCUUAUUCUGGCCAAAAAGCACCCAUUGAGACAUGGUGAUGUUUGACUGACACAAUCAACAAUAUACUAAAAUCAACAAUAUAGCCGACUGUUUGCUUUUUGAUGUGAUGGCCAGGUAAAUCUGCCGUUCAUACAGAGACGUUUUUGUUUGAUCAAAUGCAAGACACAGACAGUGGAAUGAGGAAAAGCGCAGUUUUUAAAAGGUCAAACACAUCUGUCUAGGGAGUUUACACAGAAAAACAAAGAGCAGUGUAAUGGAAAAACACACUUGUGAAUGUUCCCCAAGUGUCUAAAGAUUUGAUGCCACGGAUCUUUACAAACUUUGCCAAAUAAAGCAUCUAUUGUCGCAGCCUGGGAAGCUGCAGUGCUUGUGUUGAGAAUGAGUUGUGGAGCAUUUCCCCCUCAUCAUUCUGUCAUUUACUGUCGUUUUUACACCGUUUCUGUCAAUAAAAGAGUGAA